GGGCGCCGAUGUGUCUUGAAAGACUGCUGCAAAAUUCUUGACAAUACAGUAUUACCUCCAGAAACUGUGGUCCCACCAUUCACCGUCUUCUCAGGCUGCCCAGGACUCUUCUCAGGAGAGCUCCCAGAGUGCACGCAGGAGCUGAUGGUUGAUGUCACCAAGAGCUACUACCAGAAGUUUCUGCCACUGACCCAAGUCUAAUGCCUCUGCUUUAUAUCUUGAAUUCCUUUGAACUCUAAGAUGAACUGGGAGAUAAAGUGAGCAGUCAGUAACUACAAGAGCUGCCGUACUUUUGACCACUUCUACUCUCCUUGAUUUUUUUUAAGUUUAGAAUUCUUCAAUCCUCCAAGAUUCUGAGCAUUUAGGAAUUUAAUAGGAAGGCUGGAGAGAUGGCUCUGUUGCUAAGAGUACUGGCUAUUCUUUCAGAGGACCCAGGUUCAGUUCUCAGCACCCACAUGGCACCUUACAACCAUCUGUUACUCCAGUUCUUGGUGAUCUGAUAGGUUUCUGGCCUCCCUAGCACCAGAUAUACAUGUGGUACAGACAUAUUAUGCAGCUAAAACAUCCCAUCACAUAAAAUACCUUUUUAAAAACAUAAUUUUAACAAGAGAGCAUCUGGAGGAGUUUUCUUUAUCUGCUGUGCUUACACCUGAUCUAUCCAACAGUUGUUGUACCAUUGUCUGAGGGGGGCAGAAAGGUCAGUUCCCAACACUCCAGCCCUGUGGUCCUGCAGAUGGCUGGAACCUGGCUGGCACGGGCCUGCAGAGCAAUAGUAUCCGCUUAGCAUGGGGGUCACAUGCCCCAGGUGCUGCUCACAACCAUGUUCUACCCUCACUGCACACCACCCCACUCAGAUGACAUCCAGCUAUCCUGCUGCUAACAUAGGACCAGUGGCCACAAUUUCUCCUACCUUGAGAAAAGUGUUUGUGAUUUCAAAGCCCAGGUUCCUAUUGGCUGUUAAAACAUGGGGAAAAGAGAUGGAUGGGCUGUAGUGAUAUAUACCUGUCAUCCUGGCAUGUGUGAAAUAGAGUCAGGAGUGAGCUCACAGUUGCCUGGUGUGCUACAUGAGACCCUGCUUCAAAACAACAAAAACAAGAUAGUAAAAGAAAAAUGUGACGAGCAGGUGGUAGCUGUUCUUCCUUUCAGAGAGACCUUAGCUGUCCUAAAGUAGUUAAUAAAAGAUGUAAAACAUCC